AAUUACUUGACGAUCGUGUUAUUGAAAAGCAAGGAAUCUGAGAAAAAACGAAGCAAAUAUGAGGCAAGCAGGGACUUAUUCGGGCAUACUCUCUGGUGGAAUAUCCGGGAGAACCGGGCCUCAUUCCUUGCCCUUGGCAAGGAUCAAGAAGAUCAUGAAAAAGUCUGGUGAAGACGUGAAGAUGAUAUCCGGGGAGGCUCCCAUCGUUUUCUCCAAGGCUUGCGAGCUGUUCAUCAAGGAGCUAACGCAAAGAUCUUGGAUGGUCACAAUGCAAGGCAAGAGGAGAACGCUCAACAAAGAGGAUGUUACGUCAGCUGUUGUGGCUACUGAUAUAUUUGAUUUUCUCGUGAACUUGGUAUCUGAAGACUCUGGAAACACUGUGGACGCUACUCCUCUGGAAAUGGAUACCUUCACAUCAUCAUCAUAGGCCUCUCUCUCU